AUGGCGCGCCGAAGAAGCAGCGGAAUCACAAGCCUGGCUUUUAACCAGAAUCAAGGCUGCUUCACUUGUUGUCUUACAUCUGGCUUGCGUGUCUACAAUGUGGACCCACUUGUUGAGAAGGCACAUUACAGCAAAGAGGAGUUGGGGGAAGUAUCACUAUGUGAAAUGGUGUUUCGUACCAAUUGGCUACUUUUGGUGCGAGCCCGAAGGCCCUGCAGCCUCAUGCUUCUUGAUGACCAGCAGCGUGCCUUUAAAGCCGAAGUCCUCUUCAAGUCGCCUAUACGAGCAUUACGGGCCAGGAAAGAUAAAGUGGCGGUAGUAUUAACAUCUUCGAUCCAAGUUCUAUCACUGCCAUCGUUACAGCGUGUCGCCUUGCUACGUACGCCGGCGUCCUCCCGUCCGCUGUGUUCUCUUGCGACGGAUCCCAACGCGGUACAAUUACUGGCUGCGCCUGCGCACCGGAAGGGUUCGUUGCAAUUGUUGGACAUUUCUCGAGCGGUGAAAGGCGCUCAGUCCAGUUCGCCGGCGGUGGUGGGUUGUCAUCAAACUGACCUGGUUUGCCUUAGUCUGUCCGCAAAUGGUGCGAAACUGGCGACUGCCUCUGAGCGAGGCACAAUCAUACGCCUGUGGGAUACCGGUACUAAGCAGAUGAUACACGAACUAAGGCGAGGGUCGGAUUACGCUGAUGUGUACUGUAUAAACUUCAACUGGUCGGGGUCGCUCGUGUGCUGCGUGUCGGAUAAGGGCACGCUGCACGUGUGGGCUGCGCGCGGGAAUUACGCGCACGUGUGCGCACCGGCCGCGUCCUCUACGCGGGCUCUGUGCGCAUUUACGGACGAUUCCAGCGCUGUUGUUAUAAGUGAGGAUGGUACAUUUCACAAAUUCACAUUCUCUGCAGAAGGAAGUUGCCAUAGAAAUGAUUUUGAAUAUUUCCUACAGGUAGGUGAUGACGACGAAUUUCUGCAUUGA